AACCUAUAAAAGUAUUUUAUUUAAUUUUAUUUUAAUAGUCACUAUGAUAAUUUUGGAGACCCAACAAUUAUUUGUUGGUCAUGGUCAACCAAAUUAAUGAAUAUAUCUAAAUAAUAAAAAAUUAAUUGUUUUGGACUUUUGUUUAAAAUAAGAUUAAAAAAAAGUAAAAAAAAUCGUAUGAACCACCGCAAAGGCUAUACUCAUAUUCUGGAUUUUAACAUUGAGAACGCAUUCCAACACCGUCAAACCACCCCCACCUCCCUUACAGACUGCCGUUUUUUUUUUUUUUUUUUUUCCAUCACCGCCUCCAAACGCCUUCUUCUCCGAUGAAAUAAGUGAAAUUGGUUAGGAACGCCGCCCUAAUCGGUCGAAUCUCCCUUGAAUUCAUACGUGAUUACUACUAGCCUUUCGUCUCCCUCCAUUCUCACUGCAAAUUCUUACGGAUCCAAACGCGCUUAUUUUAUCAUCCGAUUUGAAGUUGCUCUGUGUUGCUGCUUUAUUGCCAUGCCAUCGUUAGGUUCAACUUCAAAGGCAGUGGGGCAGUUGAUUACACGCAAAAAUGGUGUCAAACAGUUAAUGAGAUGUUUACAAAACAACCCUGAAGUGGAAAAUCAUCCUCAAAGUCGGUGUUUUCGCAGCAGCAUUGGAAAUGUAGAAACAUUUCCAUCUUCCUGUCAAAUAGUUAGUAGUAUUCAUAAGGAUAAACACACUCCCUUGUUACAAAAUAUGUCUUCUGGUGUUGUUAUUCAAAGAAGGGGAUUUCUUGGCUGUGGCGAUGGAGAUGAAGGAAGUAAUGUUCUUUCAAAAGUUCAUGAAGAGAAACGUAUUAUGGGGUAUUCUCCAGAGCAGCUAUUUGCAGUGGUUGCUGCUGUUGAUAUGUAUCAAGAUUUUCUUCCAUGGUGUAAGAGAUCUGAUAUAGUUCAACGUCAUUCAGACUCAGCUUUUGAUGCUGAAUUGGAGAUUGGCUUCAAAUUUCUUGUUGAAAGCUAUGUGUCUCAUGUGCAAUUGGUAAAGCCUAAAAUGAUAAAGACAACUUCAUCACAAAGCAGCCUUUUUGAUCAUUUAAUAAACAUAUGGGAGUUCAACCCGGGACCCAUUCCAGGAACAUGUGACCUUCAUUUCUUUGUGGAUUUUAAGUUCCAAUCACCCUUAUACUCACAGAUGGCAUCCAUGUUUUUUAAAGAAGUGGUGUCUCGACUAGUUGGUUCAUUUAAUGACCGUUGUCGAUUGAUAUAUGGGCCCGGGGUCCCACUUCAUGGAAAGAAUAUUGAACGAAAUGCAUAACAGACAGUUUGUAAUCGGUUAAAAAGGUUUUUUUGGAGGUCAAUAAUGGAAAUUUGACAGUACAGGGGAAAAUUUUCUGCAUCAUCCAUGACUUUCUCUAAUUCAUUUCUAAUUUUUCAAAGCCGUUAAGGGAUUCAGGGUUGGAUUUGAAGUUUGAAGUUUGAAGUUGUCUUCUAGUUUGUCCUCAAAAGCUGUAGCUGUAAUCUAUUUUGGUCCUUUUGGCCUUUCAGCAUAUGUAGACACUUACUUAUUGCACCCUCCUACCUUUUAGACCAUAAUCAUAUCACAAGUUACCAAAAUACAAUGUAAUGGUUAUCAAUGAUAUAAAAUAGUUCUGAAUUUGGAGCUUCAAAA